UGGUGGUCGAUUUCCAGAGAGACUUUUAGCGAGAUGUUAAGAAAUUACCCAAAAGUAUAGGACUUUGUGUAACGUAACUUUCCACCGGCAGCGAUCGUUCAGAUGCCCUGGUGGCUCUGCCAAGAUCACAGUACAAAUAUGGGAAAAUACUUGAUCCUACCGGUUCUACUGCUCCUUGAGCACCUCUGUGGAUGCACAGGGAACCAAAGAGUUGCGAGAUCCGUCACAAUGCAAUUCACCCACUCUGUUUACAACACAACCAUAUAUGAGAACUCUGCUGCUAAGACGUUCUUAGAGAGCCAUGCCAAGAUGGGUAUCUACAUCGCUGACCCCGCCUGGGAGAUACGGUACAAAAUAGUUGCCGGGGACAACGAGAACCUAUUCAAAGCCGAAGAAUACCUCCUUGGAGAUUUCAGCUUUUUGAGAAUAAGGACCAAAGGAGGCAGCACAGCCAUUCUCAAUCGCGAGGUCAGAGACCACUAUGUACUCACCGUCAAAGCCACGGAAAGAGGCACCAAUUUGGAGGCUCGCGCGAGAGUCAAGGUUCAGGUACUGGACACCAAUGAUCUGAGACCCCUCUUCUCACCGACGUCGUACAGUAUUUCAUUGCUGGAGAACACGGCCAUACGCACCAGCGUGGCCAAGGUGACGGCGACAGACGCCGACAUCGGUACAAAUGGAGAAUACUACUACAGCUUCACAGAUUGGACGGACAUGUUUGCCGUUCACCCAACAAGCGGAGUGGUGACCCUUACCGGCAAACUUGACUACUCUGAGACCAAGCUGUACGAGCUGGAGAUCUUGGCUGUAGACAGAGGGAUGAAGCUCUACGGGAGUAGUGGCUUCAGUAGCAUGGCCAAGCUGACCGUCCGGAUAGAGCAGGCCAACGAACACGCGCCGGUUAUCACCGCCGUCGCUUUGGCCCCUUCUGAUGCAGACCGCGACCCCACCUAUGCUGUAGUGAUGGUGGAGGACAAUGAUCAGGGGCAGAACGGGGAGAUAGCCUCGCUGAGUGUGGUAGCGGGAGACCCUCUCCAACAGUUUAAAGCUGUGAGAAGCAGUCCAGGGAGCAAAGCAUACAAAAUCAAAGCGGUUAAGGAUGUAGACUGGGACAGCCAGCCUUUUGGAUAUAACCUGACGCUACAAGCUAAAGAUAAGGGGAGUUUACCCCGGUUUUCCUCUGCUAAGUUAAUUCAUGUUACCUCCCCGCAGUUUAAAAUAGGCCCAUCUAAAUUUGAUAAAACUAUCUACAGGGUCAAUCUCAGUGAGUUUGCCCCACUUCACACACCUGUCGUUAUGGUAAUGGCUUUGCCCAAGCAUUCACAGCUAAAGUAUGCUUUUAAACAUAAAUCGGAGAAGAAUAGAUUCAGCAUUAAUCCAGACACGGGUUUAAUCACCACAGCGGGACCCAUUAACGCUGAUAAUGCCCCCAGAUAUGAGCUUGACGUUAUGACCGCGGACAAAAAGGCAUUCACCAAAGUGAUCAUAGACGUGAAUGAUGUAAACAACAAUGCCCCUGAGUUCAAGCAGACAUCUUACAAGGCCUCAGUUGAUGAGAACGUUCCUGUCGGGACCAGCGUGCUGGAGGUCAAAGCCACUGACCUGGAUCGUGGAGAAAAUGGUUAUGUGACCUACAGCAUUACCAAUGUCAUGCCACAGCCAUUUGUCAUCGAGUACUUCUCAGGUGUCAUCAGCACCUCCGAGGUCCUCGAUUAUGAGCUGAUGCCCAGGAUUUACAACCUCAAAGUCAGGGCAUCCGACUGGGGUUCCCCUUUCCGCAGAGAGGUGGAAGCAUCCGUCACCAUAACACUAAAUAACCUAAAUGACAACAAGCCACUGUUUGAAAAUAUCGACUGUGAAGUCACCGUGCCAAGAGACCACGGUGUGGGGGAGCAGAUAACCACAGUGUCUGCCAUCGACGCGGAUGAACUGCAGCUCGUGCAUUACAACAUUAAAGCUGGGAACGAGUUGGAUCUGUUUGAGCUGAACGCAAACUCCGGAGUGCUCUCGCUGAAGCAGACACUCAGUGACGGAGAGGCGUCCAAAGUGUCCUUCCAUGGUUUACAGAUCACCGCCAGCGAUGGGGAACAUGAGACCCAGUCCAUGGUUAUGAAUAUAACUGUCAUUACAGCGCGCAAGCCUGUCCAAUUAAAAUGUAUUGACACCGGCGUCGCGACCAUGCUGGCGGAGAAACUGCUCCAAGGCGGCAAGAUUCACACCCAAGCAGAACCCGAGGAUAACUUCAUGGAUAUUCAUUCUGUGAACCGCUUCACGCCACAGUUCGCUGAGUCAUUUCCGAGUGCCAUGGAGGUCAGAGAGGACCUUCCCAUCGGGGCUCGCAUUGUCCACUUGAGUGCUACAGAUACGGACAGCGGCUUUAAUGGGAAGCUGGUGUAUGUUAUUUCAGGGGGAGACACAGAGAGCCGCUUCAUCGUGGACAUGGAGAGUGGCUGGCUGCUGGUUAAUGCUCCUCUUGAUAGGGAAACAACGGACCACUAUACACUCAAUGUCACAGUGUACGAUCUCGGCAUACCACAAAAGUCCUCAUCACGCCUCUUGGAUGUCAAGAUCUUAGAUGCGAAUGAUAACAGCCCACAGUUUUUGCAAGACUCAUAUUCAGUGGAAAUAAGUGAAAAUACACCCGUGGGCACAGAAAUCAUCCAGGUGGAUUCAACCGACAAGGAUCUAGGUGACAACGGGAUUGUCAAGUAUUCUAUUUUGGGGGGCACAGAUCACUUUACCAUCAAUGAGGAUACCGGACUAGUGACGGUAAAGAAACAGUUAGACCGCGAAAGCCUUCCCGUGUAUGUUUUAAAAGUCGCCGCCCGUGACCAGGCUGUGGCCGAACCCCAGCUCGUCUCCACAGUGUUGUUAAAGGUGAUCCUGGAAGACGUCAAUGACAAUCCACCCAAAUUUGUGCCUCCUAAAUACCGGGUGAGGGUGAGGGAGGACCUUCCCGUCGGCGCAGUGAUCAUGUGGCUGGAGGCUCACGACCCCGACGUGGGACCCUCCAGCCAGGUGCGCUAUAGCCUCAUCGACAGCGGCGAUGGACACUUUGACGUGGACAAGCUGAGUGGUGCGGUGCGGAUCGCGAAAACCCUCGACUACGAGCAGCGGCAGGUGUUCAACCUGACGGCGAAAGCCAAGGACAAAGGGAAGCCCAUGUCUUUGUCGUCAACCUGCUUCAUCGAGGUGGACGUGGUGGAUAUCAACGAGAACAUUAACAGGCCGCAAUUCCGCUCAUUCUUGGAUAAAGGAUUUAUCAAAGAGGAUGUACCAGUUGGGACCUCAGUGAUGAAAGUAUCUGCCCAAGACGAGGAUGAAGGCAGAGAUGGGGAGAUACGAUACUCCAUACGGGAUGGCUCUGGCCUGGGGAUAUUCACGAUUGACGAAGAGACUGGCAUCAUCCGAACACAGGAGCUGCUGGACCACGAGACCACCGCCCAUUACUGGCUGACGGUCUACGCCUCGGACCGCGGCGUGGUGUCGCUGUCCACCUUCGUGGAGGUCUACAUCGAGGUGCAGGACGUCAACGACAACGCGCCGCAGACCUCGGAGCCCGUCUACUACCCCUCGGUGAUGGAGAACUCCCCCAAGGACGUGUCCAUCAUCCAGAUAGAGGCCGUCGACCCUGACGCCAAGGCCAGUGACAAGCUGUCCUACCGGAUCACCAGUGGCAACCCCCAGGGCUUCUUCAACAUAAACGGCAGAACAGGUCUGGUGACGACUACUUCAAGGAAGCUGGACCGGGAGCAGCAGGAUGAACACAUUCUUGAGGUGACCAUCAGCGACCACGGCGUGCCGGCCAAGUCCACCACGGCGCGCGUCAUCGUACGCGUGCUGGACGAAAACGACAACCGGCCCCAGUUCCUGGAGAAGAUCUACAAGAUCAAGCUGCCCGAGCGCGAGCGGGCAGAUAGGGAGCGGGUCACCAAGCGAGACCCCGUGUACCGGGUGGUGGCCCUGGACCGCGACACCGGCCCCAACGCCGAGAUCUCCUACAGCAUCGAGGACGGCGACGAGCGCGGCAAGUUCUUCAUCGAGCCCAAGACGGGCGCCGUCUCCUCCAAGAAGUUCUCGUCAGCCGGAGAGUACGACAUCCUCACCAUCAAGGCGGUGGACAACGGGCGUCCGCAGAAGUCGGCCACGUGCCGCCUCCACAUCGAGUGGAUCGCCAAGCCGCUGGUCUCAGAGGACGCGGCCCCCCUGGCCUUCGAUGAGAGCCCCUACUCCUUCUCCGUGAUGGAGAGCGACCCCGUCUCUCACAUGGUCGGCGUCAUCGUCACCGAGUCCUCUGACGUUGACGUGUGGUUCGAGAUCACAGACGACCUAGAGGAUUCUGGGAUGUUUUACAUCCUUCAGAUGGCUUGUGACCACAACUGUACAGCGGAAGGUGGUAAUUAUGACAGCCGUUUUGAAGUGCACAAGGCCAGCGGAACGCUGAUUGUGGCGCGGCCCCUCGACGCUGAGCAGAAAUCAAAUUACAACCUGACAGUGGAGGCCACCGACGGGACGCGAACUGUCAGCACCCAGGUGCUGGUCCGCGUCAUCGACACCAACAACCACCGGCCCCAGUUCUCCCAGCAGCGCUACAACGUCAGCGUGGCCGAGGACACGCCGGCCGACACCGAGGUCCUGAGGAUCGCCGCCGCCGACGAAGACGAGAAGAACAAGCUGACCUUCACCCUGCUGAGUAGCACGGACCCCUUUAGCCUCAAGAAGUUCCGCCUGGACCCCGGGACGGGUGUCCUGUACACGGCCGAGGCACUGGACCACGAGACCAUGCGCCAGCACACCCUCACCGUCAUGGUGCGUGACCAGGACAUUCCAGUCAAGAGGAACCUGGUGCGAGUGGUCAUCAACGUGGUGGACACCAACGACAACGCUCCAUGGUUCGUGGAUGCCCCGUACUCUGGUCGCGUCUUUGAGUCGGCUGCGAUUGGCUCAGCUGUGCUUCAGGUCACCGCUCUGGACAAAGACCAAGGCCGAAACGCUGAGAUUGUCUACAGCAUCGAGUCAGGAAAUGUUGCAAACACAUUUGCUAUGGAUCCAGUCCUGGGGACCAUCACAGUAGCCAAGGAACUUGACCGCAGCAAGAAGAAUCACUUUGAGCUCAUUGUCAAGGCAUCUGAUAGAGGAACAUCUCCCCUGUCAACCACAGCAGCAGUGCUCAUUUUGGUCACAGUAUCUGACAACGCUGCUCCGAAAUUCACUGAAAAAGAUUUUUCAGCAGAGGUCAGUGAAUCCGCCCAUCCCGGAAGCUUUGUGUGCUUGGUGACGGCCACCAGUCAAUCAUCAGUGUUUUAUCAGAUCAAAGCUGGCAACAUCAACAACGCAUUUGACAUUAACCCAAACUCUGGAGUGGUUGUCAUCCAGAGAGUUUUGGACUACGAAACAACGCCUGAAUACAAGCUUAUCAUACAAGCCACAAACAUGGCCGGGCUCGCCAGCAACACAACUAUGCUAAUUCAUCUGAAGGAUGAGAAUGACAAUGCCCCUUUGUUCCUCCAAAGGGAGUUCACGGGCAUGAUCAGUGAGUCAGCAGGCGUCAGCAGUGUCGUUCUGACCCUUGAGAGCACUCCGUUGGUUAUCCGUGCCUCCGAUGCUGAUGGCGACCACAAUGCAAUGCUUGUCUAUCAGAUCGUGGAGCCAUUUGCCCUCAAUUACUUUGCCAUUGAUUCCAACACGGGUGCUAUCCGAACAAUCACAACCUUGGACUACGAGCAGAGGCAGGUUUUCCGUUUUACUGUCCAGGUACAUGACCUUGGAAUGCCACGUCUGUUUUCUGAGGCAGCAGCCAACGUGACUGUGAAUAUCAUCAAUGUCAAUGACUGCCCGCCACUCUUCAGCCAAGAAGUAUACGAGGCAAAUGUCCUACUACCAACGUACAAAGGUGUAGAGGUCAUCCAGGUCAACGCCAACGACUCUGACGCAAACGCACAGUUCCUCUUUUCCAUUUCCGAGGGUAACAUUGGCGACAAAUUCAAGAUGGAUCCGAGUAGCGGUGUGAUUGCCAUUCAGAACGUCACACAGUUGAGAAGCAGGUAUGAGUUGAAAGUAAGGGUUUCAGAUGGCAGGUUUGCCAAUACCGCCACGGUGAAAAUCAAUGUCAAGGAAAACAAAGAGCCCAGAUUGAAAUUCACAAGGGAAUCCUACAAGGCCUUUGUUCAAGAGAACUCUUCCGAGAGGAAAACUCUGGCUGUCAUCGCCGCAGUUGGAAACCAGGUGAACGAGCCCUUGUUUUACACCAUUCUAAAUCCAGACAAGAGGUUCCAAGUCAGCCACACGUCUGGGGUUCUAUCAACCACCGGGAUUCCAUUUGACCGCGAGGAGCAGGACAGUUUUGACAUCAUAGUGGAGGUCACCAGACAUGACCAACCGGAAGACGUGGCACACGUUCUGGUUGCCGUCAAGGUGGAGGAUGAGAAUGACAACACACCCAUGUUCAUGAACCUGCCCUAUCACGCUCUGGUCCAAAUGGACGCAGAAGAAGGACACGCCAUACGCCAGGUCACAGCAGUGGACAAGGACCUGGGGAAGAAUGCCGAUGUCUACUUCCACCUCAAGGAACACCAGGAGCACUUCCAAAUCAGCCCCUCUGGAGAGAUCUCUCUGAAGAUGAAAUUGGACUCAGAGUCAUUGAAAACAUAUUCCGUCAUUGUUGUUGCCAAAGACAGCGGUGACCCAGCACGCUCAUCUGAAGUAGAAGUCCCCAUCACUGUGGUCGACAAAGCAACACCCGUGUUUGAGAAGACUUUCUAUAGUGUUGAAAUCCCUGAGAACAUCCCAGAACAUACACCUGUGGUUCACGUUCAAGCCAAUGACUCUGAAGGCCCUCGCAUCGUCUACACUAUAUCCGAAGGGGACCCUUUCAAACAGUUUUCAGUUGAUUUCAACACAGGGGUUUUGCAUGUGAUCCAGCCAUUAGAUUUUGAGUCGCAUCCAGCCUAUAGGUUGAGUUUGCGGGCCACAGACUCUCUCACCGGAGCACAUUCUGAAGUGUUUGUCGACAUUAUACUGGAGGAUAUAAACGACAAUGCCCCAGAGUUUUUAUCAAAGUCAUACUAUGCCAACAUCUCGGAAGCCUCUGUCAUCGGCUCAUCGGUUUUGAAGGUGGCUGCGAAGGAUUUAGAUACAGGAAACAACCAAGAAAUCACAUACCAGCUUGUUGAGGAAAAGGGAAAGAGUUCAGAUUACUUCACUAUCGAUCGUACCACCGGAAUUAUCAGGACCGCCCAAAUGCUUGAUCACGAGGAAACCCCAAACCUCAAAUUAACGGUUCGUGCCAUUGAUGGAGGAAUUCCAGCCCUCUCAAGUGAUGUCACGGUUGCCAUAGAUGUCAUUGACCUGAACGACAAUGCUCCAGUCUUCACCAAGACACUUUACGAAGUGACAGUCAAUGAAUUGGCGCAACGGGGUCAUUUCAUCACCCAAGUCCAGGCUUCAGAUGCUGACAGCUCUGAUUCCGAGAAACUGUCAUUCUAUAUUGUUUCUGGAAACGAAGACCAAAGCUUUGCCAUGGACAAACACACAGGGGCCAUCAUUAUAUCAAACCAUCGGAGACCACAUAUGCUUCCUCUGUACAAUCUAACUGUGUCUGUGUCCGACGGUGUGUUUAGAAGCACGGCAUUUGUUCAAGUGACUAUCAUUGGUGCAAACUUCCAUAAUCCAACCUUCCCUCAGGUGGACUAUGUGGUCGAGCUUGUGGAGAAUUCACCUGUUGGAACCUUGGUAAUGGAGGCAAAAGCAACCGACGAUGACGAAGGCAUCUACGGGGCCAUUACAUACCACAUUGUGAAUGAAUUCGCAAGAGACAAGUUUUCAGUCAGUGAAAAUGGAGAGAUCUUUACACUUGAGAGCCUUGACCGUGAGAAUGCCGUUGAAAAGGUUAUCCCAAUUUCUCUAAUAGCACAAGAUGGAGGUGGAAAAGUUGGCUUUUGCGUUAUCAACGUUAUCCUGACCGAUGUCAACGAUAACACCCCGCAGUUCAGAGCAGCCGAGUACAAAGCCACGAUUGCAUCUGACGCCCCGCGAGGAACAUCAGUGACCAGGAUCGCUGCCUCGGACAUUGAUGAAGGAAGCAACGCAGACAUAUAUUAUGCGAUUGAAGCAGAUGUGGAAAGUGUGGAAGAGAACUUUGAAAUCCACCCUUCCACCGGGGUCAUUGUUACUAAAGAGAGCCUGAUCGGACUUGAAGGUGAACUUUAUGCGUUCUUUGUCAGUGCAAAGGAUGCCGGCAAUACACCCAGGCAGUCUGUCAUACAAGUAUACAUUAGGAUUGUUUCUCCUGAAGUGCCGGUCCCCAAAUUUGUGGAACCAAAUUACCGUUUCACGAUUUCUGAAGAUUUGCUCAUUGGCACGGAGAUUGAUGUCAUCCAAGCAGAGAGUGUCCAACCGGUGUCCUACAUCCUCCUUACAGGCAACACUCCAGAAAGUAACAGAGAUGAGGUGUUUGUUGUCGAUCCAGACAGUGGGGCCCUGAAGCUGGAGAAGGCCCUUGACCACGAGACCACCAAAUGGUAUCAGCUCACCCUGCUGGCCCAGAGCAAACACGAGAACCUCGAGGUAGUGGCGUCAGUGCACAUCAACAUCCAAGUCAAAGACCUCAACGACAACAAGCCCGUCUUUGAGUCAGACCCUUACGAGGCCGUCGUCGUGGAGAACCUCCCGGGCGGCACGUCUGUGAUCCAGGUCCGAGCCACCGACCUCGACACCGGCGCCAACGGCCAAGUGGUCUACAGCCUGGACUCUGAACAGAGCUCCCAGGAGAUCGCCGAGCUGUUUGCCGUCAACACCGAAACGGGAUGGUUGACGACGUUGAAGGAACUGGACCGCGAGAAGAUCAGCAAGUACACGAUCAGUGUCCUGGCCAUGGACAGAGGCGACAAGGUCCAGCACGUCACCGACGCUAAGGUUGUGGUGACAGUGGCCGACGUGAACGACAACCCGCCCCGCUUCACGGCGGAGAUCUACAAGGGGACAGUCAGCGAGGACGACCCUCCCCCAAGCGGAGUCAUUGCCAUUCUGAGCACCACGGAUGCUGAUUCAGAGGAAAUCAAUCGACGAGUCAAUUACUUCAUUACUGGAGGGGACCCGCUCGGACAAUUUGCCAUCGAGCACAUCCAGAACGAGUGGAAGGUCUCUGUCAGGAAGCCCUUGGACCGGGAGGAGAAGGACAAUUACCUGCUAAACAUUACCGCCACUGAUGGCAUUUUCGCUGCCAAGGCAGUUGUAGAGGUCAAGGUCCUGGACGCCAACGACAACAGCCCUGUCUGCGAGAAGUCUCUCUACACUGAGCGUGUACCAGAAGACUCCCCGGCUGGGAGACUCAUCUUGCAGGUCUCUGCAACGGAUGCUGACAUUCGCUCAAACGCUCAAAUCUCCUAUGAGCUCCAGGGGGCCGGUGCAGAGUUGUUCACCAUUGAUGCUGAUACAGGAGAGCUGAAGACCUCCCAGCCGCUGGACCGCGAGGAUCGGGACGAGCACCGGUUCCGCGUGCGCGCGCUCGACGGCGGCGGGCGCUACUGCGAGGCCGACGUCCACGUUGCCGUGGACGACGCCAACGACAACCCGCCGCGCUUCACCUCCGACCCCUACGCCGUCACCGUGUUCGAGAACACCGAGACGGGCACCUUCGUGGCCAAGCUCCUCGCCAGCGACCUCGACACCGGCCUGAACAGCGACAUCCUCUACUCCCUGGCCGACUCGGCCGACGGCCACUUCUCCAUCGACGAGCGCACGGGCGUGGUCAGCCUGGAGAAGGCGCUGGACCGCGAGGUGCAGGCGGUGUACGAGCUGCGGGCGCGCGCCGCCGACCAGGGCUCCCCGCGGCGCCUCUCGGCGCUGUGCACGGUGGUGGUGUCCGUGCUGGACAUCAACGACAACCCGCCCGUCUUCGAGCACCGCGAGUACGUGGCCACGCUGGCGGAGGACGUGGCGGCGGGCACCCAGGUGCUCCGCGUGCAGGCGUCCAGCCGGGACGCCGACGCCGCCGGGCAGAUCUCAUACGGCAUCAUCAGCGGCAACGAGCACGGCAUGUUCAGCGUGGACCCGCUCUCAGGCGACAUCUUUGUGAUCGAGGCGCUGGACUACGAGGCGUCCCACGAGUACUACCUGACGGUGGAGGCCACGGACGGGGGCUCGCCCCCGCUCAGCGACAUGGCCACCGUCAACAUCAACCUGACGGACGUCAACGACAACAGCCCCGUCUUCAGCCAGGAGACCUACAUGGCGGUCGUGAGCGAGGACGCCGAGCCCGGAAAGGUGUGUGUGACUGUCGUUGCCGAGGACGCAGAUGGGCCCUCCUACAGUCACGUGCGCUACUCCAUCGCGGACGGCAACCAGGGCAGCCUGUUCACCAUCGACCCCAUCCGCGGGGAGCUCAAAGUAGCGCGUCAGCUCGACAGAGAAAGGACGUCGGGCUACACCCUGACGGUGGUGGCGUCGGACAACGGGUCGCCGGCGCGCUCCAGCGUCGCCGCGGUCAACGUGGACGUGUCGGAUGUCAACGACAACCCGCCGCUGUUCGCCCAGGCCAACUACAGCCUCAUCAUCCAGGAGAACCGACCCAAGGGCACCAGCGUUCUCCAGCUGUCUGUCAGCGACCGGGACGCCACCCACAACGGCCCGCCCUUCCACUUCGCCAUCGUCGACGGCAACGAGGGCGACGCCUUCGAGAUCAGCCAGCAGGGGGCGCUGGUGGCGGUGGGGCCGCUGAACAAGAAGGGCCGAGAGCACUACCUGCUGCAGGCGCAGGUGUCAGACAGCGGGAAGCCCCAGCUGCUGUCCACGGCCUUCGUCAGCGUGCGGGUGAUCGAGGAGAGCGUGUACCCGCCCGCCGUCCUGCCGCUGGAUAUCUUCAUCUCCACGGCCGACGACGAGUACCCCGGUGGCGUCCUGGGCAAGAUCCACGCCACGGACCAGGACAUCUACGACACCCUGACCUACAGCCUGGCGCCGGCCCCCCAGGACGGGCUCCCCUUCACCGUGUCGGCCUCGGACGGCAAGGUGAUCGCCCGGCAGCCGCUGGACGUGGGCCACUACCCGCUUAAUGUGACGGUGACGGACGGACGCUUCACCACGCCGGCCGACGUCACGGUGCACGUGCGGCAGGCCACGGAGCAGGCGCUGGCCAACUCCAUCGCCGUGCGCUUCGCCAGCAUCGCGCCCGAGGAGUUCAUCGGCGACUACUGGCGCAACUUCCAGCGGGCGCUGCGGAACAUCGCCGGGGUGCGGCGCAGCGAGGUGCAGCUGGUGAGCCUGCAGCCCACCGAGGCCGGGGACCUGGACGUGCUGCUGGCCCUGGAGAGGUCCGGGAGCCCCUACCAGCCCCAGGAGGUGGUCUUCCGCAAGCUGAACUCGUCGGCGGCGGUGAUCGAGGAGAUGACGGGCGUGCGCAUCGUGCGCGUGGUCAUGAAGCUCUGCGCCGACAUCGACUGCCCGCUGCACUUCUGCGACGAGGUGGUCUCCCUGGACAAGGGCAGCAUGUCCACCUACAGCACGGCACGCCUCAGCUUCGUCACCCCGCGCCACCAGCGGGCCGCCACCUGCCAGUGUGAAGGAGGGAAAUGCCCCAUGGAGAACAAGCUGUGCGACAACAGCCCCUGUCCAGAGGGCACGGAGUGUGUGGCGGACCAGACCGAGGCCUCCUACAGCUGCGUGUGUCCCCAGGGCAAGACCGGCCAAUGUACCGACGGGCCGUCCCUGACGUUCGGAGGCGCGGGCUACGUGCGCUACCGCCUGCUGGAGAACGAGAACAAGGAGGAGAUGAAGCUGUCCCUGAGGCUGCGGACCCUGUCCAGCCACGCCACCGUCAUGUACGCCAAGGGGACCGACUACAGCAUCCUGGAGAUCGUGAACGGCCGCCUGCAGUACCGCUUCGACUGCGGCAGCGGGCCGGGCAUCGUGUCGGUGCACAGCACGCAGGUCAACGACGGCGACUGGCACAGCGUCUCGCUGGAUGUGAACGGCAACUACGCCAAGCUGGUGCUGGACCGCGUGCACGCCGCCUCGGGCGCGGCGCCGGGCACCCUGCGCACGCUCAACCUGGACGACAGCAUCUACUUCGGCGGCCACGCGCGCCAGCACGCCUCGUCGGGGGCGGGGCGCCACGGCCGCAGCCUGCCCGCCACCAACGGGCUGCGGGGCUGCGUGGAGGCCAUCCGCCUCAACGGCCAGGAGCUGCCGCUGAACGCCAAGGCGGUGCGGCCGCACGCCGUGCUGGAGGACGUGGUGGACGUGACGCCGGGCUGUGCCCUGCUGCCCGUGGAGAGCUGCGCGAUUAACCCCUGCGUCAACGGGGGCACCUGCUCCACGCUGCCCAACGGAGGCUUCUUCUGCCGGUGUCCCGCGUCCUUCAUGGGCACCCACUGCGAGUCGGCCAUCAGCCCCUGUGCCUCCAACCCCUGCCUCUACGGAGGCACCUGUGCCACCCGUGGGGAGGACUUUUACUGCCAGUGCAGAGGACAAUACUCCGGACAAAGGUGCCAGCUGGGUCCGUACUGCAGAGACAACCCCUGUAAGAACAGCGGCAAGUGUAUCGACAGCCUGGAUGGCCCGGUCUGCGAGUGCGAUUUUGGUUUCCAGGGAGACAGGUGUCUGAUGGACGUGGACGAGUGCAGCAAGAGCCCGUGCUCCAACGGCGGCCUGUGCCAAAACACGUACGGCUCCUACCGCUGCAACUGCUCCCUGGGCUACGCCGGGCCGGCGUGCACGGUGCACUCCGAGGUGCGCAACGACUUUGUCUCCAACGCCUGGAACAUCGGCCUGGAGGAGGUGAUCGGCAUCGUGGUGUUCGUGGCCAGCAUCUUCCUGCUGGUGCUCAUCUUCAUCCUCAUCCGCAAGCGGGCGUGCCGCGGCGGCGCCAAGGGCCGCGACCGGGACGACGACCGCCACCACCACCGCAUGUCGGGCGCGCACCACGCCUUCAUGCAGAGGCCCUACUUUGACGCCAAGCUCAGCAAGAACAUCUACUCGGACGUGCCGCCGCAGGUGCCCGUGCGGCCCAUCUCCUACACGCCCAGCAUCCCCAGCGACUCGCGCAACAACCUGGACCGCAACUCCUUCGAGGGCUCGGCCAUCCCCGAGCACCCCGAGUUCAGCACCUUCAACCCGGACGCCGGCCACGGCCACCGCAAGACGGUGGCGGUGUGCAGCGUGGCGCCCAACCUGCCCCCGCCCCCGUCCUCCAACUCGGUGUCGGACAGCGACUCCAUCCAGAAGCCCAGCUGGGACUACGACUACGACUCUAAAGUAGUGGACCUGGAGCCGUGUCUGAAGAAGCCGGUGGAGGACAGCGCCUGUCACCCCUACAACACCAGGGGCAGCAUGUCCGAGGUCCAGUCCCUCAGCUCCUUCCAGUCCGAGUCCUGCGACGACAACGAGUCUUUUCUGACUCAUGAUCACAAGAACUCAAGAGGAUAUCACUGGGACACAUCUGAUUGGAUGCCAAGUGUUCAACUUCCUGGAAUCCAGGAGUUCCCGCAGUACGAGGCUGUGGAGCCCCCCCCCGCCCCGCUGUACAGUGACCGGGACAGCGCCCUCGACGCCGACUACUACCCCGGGGGCUUCGACAUCGAGGGCGACUUCCCCCCGCCCCCCGACCACUACCCGCCCGGGGACGAGCUGCCGCCGCCGCCCCCCCUCCCGGAGUACGGCCCGGACCGCUUCGACUCCCUGCGGCCGCCGGGCCGGGACCACCCGGGCGCCGCGCCCGCCGGCCCGGGCUCCCCGGGGGGCGUGCGGCAGCGCCCGGCGUUGCCCCAGCUCUACGACCUCAACCAGUACCUGCCCCAGCACUCCUACCCCGCGGGGGAGGGGGGCGCCGAGGCCCAGGGCCAGGCGGCCGCCUCCACCGCCGCCGCCGCCGCCGCCGCCAGGGGCUCCCCCUCCCCGCCCUCCUCCACCAUGGGGACGGGGGGCUACCGGGGCGGCUACCCCAUGGGCUACGGCCGGGACUUUGAGGCCCCGGCGCUGGACAACAUGUCCCUGUCACUUUACACGUCCACAGCCUCCUGCUCAGACAUGUCGGCGUGCUGCGAGGAGUCCGACGCCGUGAUCAGCGACUACGAGAGCGGAGACGAGGGCCGCUUCGGACGGACGUCCAUCCCAGGCCUGGACUCCCAGCAGCACACGGAAGUCUGACCACUGGAUCCAAACAAAAGUGCCUGAACCCAUGACUGAACCUUAACAACACACACACACACACACACACAUGCACACACACACACACACACACACACACACACACACACACACGUACACCACAGCAACACAAAUCCUUUAACCUGUGCACGCACACAAUUACAGGUUUGCGAGAGAGAAUAUCACUGCUUGAAUAAUGCAAACGCAGUCGGUCUGAUAAGUGAAGAACGUCGUCAUCAUAGACUUAUCGUGGGGGGUCUGUUUUGGCCCCCAGGGGACUCAGGGGACUGGGCCCUGUCGUGUCCUCUUGUCGGACUGGAGGAGAAAAAACGAAGCGAUUAAGAGCUUCUAUGUUGACUGUGCCAUCUCUUUGAUCAACGGUUCAAUUCAGACAUCUUUCACCCCGAAAUUCAUGUUUAAAUGUUCGACAGCGUAAAAAAAACCACAUCAACAAGGUAAUAAUCAUGAGAAAAUAAAUCAUUUCAUGGUGAUAUCUGUAUUUCUAUCAAUGAAACCUGAGUAAAAAUGAUUAUUUUUUUGAUUUACAAGUAUCCAUUUAAAUGUAAAUUUCAAUGUACAGUUUUGAUUUCAAAGUUCACUAGGUUUUGUAGAUAUUUUAUUUUUAAACACGAGUUAAAUGGUGUGACAUUAUCAGCCUUACUGUGCUUACAUUCACGAAAACAAAAAAAUGAAUGUUGAAAAAGAAACAAAAGUAGAGUGAGACUUUUCGAAAAGAAAACGUAACUGUAAAAGAUUUUAUUUCCUGCUCAUUUCAACAAGGGUCUUCAAUGAGCGACUGCAUAUUCUUGUGUUUUUCUCUUCUUUUUUUUAUGGUUUGUUUGUAAAUGCGACUUUGAAACCUCUUUAUUUUUCCACCAAGAAAAUGGGACCCAAUAUAUUUAUAGUGCAACGUUAUCCAUGGACACACGACUUUUUAUGUGUCCGUGUGUGUGAGCAAUGCUAUGGUCUUGUUAAGGUUUUUAUUGAAUACUGCCACGAGCUCACGCUUUCUACUGGCAAUAAAUUAUUCCUAAAAAAUA